AUGGGGGGUGUAGGCAAGACCACACUCUUGAAAAAAAUCUACAAAUCAUUGUCAGGUGAUGCAAACAUGGGAUUCAAUCAUGUGUUAUUUAUCGAAGCUUCAAAGGGUAUUCAGGUGGAAGAACUUCGAAAGCAGAUUGCUAAAGGCUUGCAAUUGGAGCUUUCUGCUGGUAAAGAAGACAUCUUCAAUGCUUUAAAAAUUACCAACUUUGUAUUGCUCUUGGAUAAUAUAUGGGAAGAAGUAGAUCUUAUUAAUCUUGGAAUUCCCCAUCCUUAUAGCGACGAUAAUUCCACCAAACAAUAUAAACACAAUGUGAUUUUCACUACUCAAUCUGAAGAUGUGUGUGCCAAGAUGGGUGCAGGAGAAAAUACCAUCAAAGUGGAAUGCUUGGAACCAGAUGAAGCAUGGGAUCUUUUCAAGGACAAUGUAAAUUUAGAUGUUAUUGAAUCAGAUGAAAAGUUCAACGAAAUAGCAAAGCAAGUGAUGAGAAAGUGUGGUGGUUUGCCACUUGCUCUGAAAGUGGUUGGUAAGGCCAUGUCAAACAAAAAAUCUGUCCAAGAUUGGGAUUUUAUUUUGAAAUCGAUAGAGAAUUCAGGCAUUGAAGUAGUUCAAGGUGUGCAAGAAUCAUUACUUCCGAUUUUGAAAUUCAGUUAUGAUAAUCUACCUCAAAAUAUUCAGGAGUGUUUCUUGUGUGCUUCCAUUUUGCGAUGGUUACAUAAAGAUGAUUUGUUAGAAUUAUGGAUGGGUUUAGGCCUGAUUGGUGAUUUUGUCAAUUUACAACAAGCUUAUGGCAAAGCGAGAUAUAUCUUUAAGAAUCUAGAGGAAUCGUGUUUAUUGUACUCUUCUGAUGAUGAUGAUCAUGUGCACUUACAUGAUGUAAUUUAUGAGAUGGCAGUGUGGAUAGCAUCAGACUGUGGGAAAAACAUGAAUAAAUGGAUAGUGAAAAGAUUUGAUCUGUUGGCAGUUGAAACACCAACAAUCGAUACAAAGAAUUGGAGAUUCACGAACCGAGUGAUUAUAAGAGGCAAGGUGGAGCUUUCGCCAAUUUUGUCUCAUCAGUGUUCUGAUUUGUUGUGUUUAAUUAUACAUACUAAUUCUUGUCUCAAAAAUAUUCCUCAAGGAUUUUUCAGACAGAUGCCAAAUUUGACAUGUUUGGAUCUUUCAAGCACUUGUAUCAAAGAGCUUCCAAAAGGAUAUCAAAUGUUUGGUUAA